CCUCAUUGAACCUGCCUCAUGAGCUUUGAACAUCAACUCUGACUCCUUUCCCUCCUUCACUGCACAGCACUUUGUUACAAACUCUUUUUUUUUUUUUUAAAGAAACAAAAAUUUUGAAAUAGACUUUUUGACCUCUUGAGUUUAAGAGACUGAAGAGCACCAAUUGUCUCUUUGUGUUGCCCUCCAUCUCUUGGCAGUCUCUCUGUCUCACUCCCCAGCAGAGUGUGGAUGAGUGGUGCAUGAGUUUUUCUCCUCCUGGACUGAAUUUAUCACCCGGCCUGUUCUCUGUCCUGUGAGAAUAGCCUCUGUUGCUUCUUCCCAUCAUCUCUAAGAACUGACACGUACCCUAGGAAAAGACAAAAGUAGAUCAGGAUGGCUCUCAAUGUGCCAGGUCUUGUAGUGAUGGCAGUGUUCUACCUGUUGAUCCUGGGCACCGGCAUCUGGGCGUCCAUGCGCUCCAAGAGGGAGGAGAGGAAGUGCACGGGAGACGGCAUGGAGAUAACACUACUGGCUGGACGCAACAUCAACUUGCUAGUUGGCAUCUUCACUCUCACUGCUACAUGGGUGGGUGGAGGCUUCAUCCUUGGUAUAGCUGAGGCAACAUACAACCCAACACUAGGCGCAGUGUGGGCUCUCAUGCCUGUGCCUUAUGUCCUGACCUUCUUCUUAGGUGGCUUUUUCUUUGCCAAGCCCAUGAGAGAGAACAAGUACGUGACAAUGAUGGACCCUUUCCAACAGAAGUAUGGGAACGUCCUGAGCAGUGCGCUGAUCUUUCCCGCACUGGUGGCCGAUGUCCUGUGGGUGGCACGCACACUCGUCAGCCUUGGUGGAACUAUGAGCGUGAUCCUGGAUCUGUCCUACGUCUACUCCAUCAUCAUCUCCUCAGUGGUGGCCAUAAUCUACACACUGCUGGGGGGACUCUACUCUGUGGCCUACACAGAUGUCAUCCAGCUCAUCCUCAUCUUUGUCAGCCUGUGGGUGUGUGUUCCUUUCCUGUUGACCAACCCUCACUCUGUGGACAUCUCACUGACGGCCUACAACGAGACCUUCCAGGCUCCCUGGGUUGGCACGGUGGAGCUCGAUGAGGCUGGCAAAUGGUUUGACGACUUCAUGCUGCUGGCACUGGGGGGAUUGGCCUACCAGGCUUUCUACCAAAGAAUCCUGUCCGCUUCAUCUUACACCCAGGCUCAAGUGACCUGCUUCGCCUCCUCAGCCUUCUGCCUGGUGCUGGGUAUCCCCUCUGUGCUGGUGGGAGCUGUGGCUGCGUCUACAGACUGGAACUCAACCAGCUAUGGAUUGCCCACCCCGUAUCAGCGUGACCAGGCAGGCUCAAUCCUCCCCAUCGCCCUGCAGUACCUCACACCCCCAUACAUCUCUGUCAUCGGCAUCGGAGCCGUAGCUGCUGCUGUCAUGUCCUCCAUGGACUCAGCUCUUCUGUCCUCCGCCUCAUUGUUCUCCUCAAAUAUUUACAAGAACAUCAUCAGGAAGCAGGCAUCAGACCGUGAGAUGCAGUGGGUGAUCCGUAUCUCCGUGGUGGUGGUGGGUCUGGCUGGCACUGCCCUCACCUUCCUGGACAGCAGCGUCCUGGUCUUCUGGCUUGUGGGCGUGGACAUGUCGUACACCAUCAUGUUCCCCCAGCUAGUCUGCAUCCUCUUCUUCAAGGUGUCUAACGGUUACGGAGCCACCGUGGGCUACAUGAUGGGAAUCAUCAUGAGAGUCCUGAGCGGCGAGCCCCUCAUCGGCCUGCCACCCGCCAUUCAAUUCCCUGGUUGCCGACUGGACGAGGAGGGAAAGCUAACCCAGUUCUUCCCCUUCCGCACUGCCAUCAUGGUCAUCUCACUUCUCUCCAUUCUGCUUUUCUCCUGGUUGGCGUCCAUCAUUUUCAACAAGGGCCUGCUGUCUGAGAAGUGGGAUGUGUUUAAGAUCAAACGCAGGCAGAAACAGGCAGCCAGAGCCACAGACGACAAGAGGACCAACUCUGAUAAUGAAGAGGCUUCUGCGGCCAAGCAGCUACUGCACACCACCAGCUGCUGAGGAGGCUCGCAAAGAGGGAGAGAAGAUGGGCACUGGCUGGAGGCAGACAUGUUUGUUUGCCAUGUGUGAGUUCACAGAGGGGGAACAACAGUAAAGUCGGGACAUUUUGUACAGCUUCUGUCACAGUGAAUUUGUGGCAAUGACACAUCAGUGGAGUCUGAUCUGAUCUCUGUUACCUUACUUCAUCAGUCUCAAUGUCAUCUUCAAAAAAUACUGUAUAAACGGGCCCAGUGAGGUUACGUUAGCACACACACAGAUUAGCCAGCAUAGCAUAUAGCAUAAGAUGACUGAGGCCCAGAAUAAGUCAAGCAUCACUGUAACAGAAGCAGUCCACAAAGAAACUGAGAGGCAACUUUAACUGCCAUUUUAAUCCAUUUUUAUGUAUAAAAAAAAGAUUCUUCAAUAAAGAUCAGACUUUUAGAUUUGUACAGAUUUCUAUAAACAUUUUUCCAACCACACUUUGAAACGCCGAUCAGAUACAGAAGAGAGGUUGUUUCUGACAGACAGUUCUGUUCAUAAAGACUGUGGUGACAUUUUACGCCAUGAAGACAGUUGCACAAAUAAUGGACUUCAUCCCAAAAGAACAAUCAGUCCAGCGUAACGAUGAUAAAAUAGUUUACAGUCCACAUAAACAAAGUCUGUCUAUUUAUCAGAUUUUUCUUUCGUAGGAAAGAGCGUGUCAGACUGUGUCACAUGCCACCUCAGAAAACAGGAAUGCAACAAGCCAUCUACUCCAUGCCUCACUGACUAAUCACUGAUCAAGUAGAACCAGGUGUGGCCGACAGAGAACAUGUCUCAAGCACUCUACUUCAAGUGCACCUAGCUUCUCUCUUAGCGUGAACCUCUGCAAACAAUUUCAAUUGCAUGACAGGGCUCUCUUUCUCAGCAGAACAAAGAAACGCUACCCAAAGAACAAGGAAUGAGUGCACUCUCUGCGCUCAUCCACGGCACAUUUGUUAGAGAUGUUUAAUUAUUUAACAGUUUAUUUGAAUGUGAUCUGAUUUUUUUCCUUUUUCUGGCUGAUCUGCUGCCUUGAGCUCUUCUACAAAGAAACAUUAAUUAUUCUCGGCUUGUUAGUUAAUAGUCAACAUCUGAAAUGUUACACUUAUGUACACAAAAUCAUUGCUUAUGCGUCACUGUUGUUUUAUUCGAAAUGACAAUGUGCUGUUUUCUGAUCACCACACUGCUCUGAGAUGUGAAGAGUUACAGUUACAUGUACAUUUUCUCAGUGAAUUUUUCCCUCCAUCUCCCAAAUACUACUCAGUUUUGUUUUGUUUUGUUUCUUUUUAACCACACUGUGACAACAUUUAAAACCACCCAGGUACGGAUGACUAAAGUGGCCCACCCUGUCAGACUACUGGUGGCUUUGUUCUGCGAGCAAUAAUGAAAAUCACAAACGGCAACCAAAAAUACUUGGAUGGAAGUGACACAAACACUAUUUCAGGCUUUUUAAAUGCUCAGUAUAAUUAUUUUUAUUUUGUUUUAAUGACUAUUUAAUUUUACCCAUUUUGUUGUGAAUGGCAGCAGGGAGAGACAAAACUGAAGAACUCAAAUCUCCCAGCAUGCCACAGUAACUGUGCGCCCAUUCCCCUCAGCUGCAUUUUACUCACAUGAUAUAUAACUGAAUGUAGCAGUUUCUGCAACUGCACUGAGAGAAAGAACGCCAGACAUCUCCCUCGUUUUCCUCCUCCUCACCCAUUCCUCACCCUCGUUUUUACUCACUGUCAGUGUGAGCCUCUGUUUGUGAUUUUUGUACUGUAAAGUUGUUUUUUGUUAUUUACUGUAUGCAAAACUGUAGUUUACAGUGGGAUCAUUUUUUGUGUGUGGUGAAAAGUUUCUGAUAAUUUACAUUAAAGUUUCACAACAUUGAAAAUUUUACUCCCGUUUAAUGAUUCAAUUUUGUCAGAAAACAGGCUGUUCAGCUGACCCUUGUGGUUUUUAAUGUGUGUUUUGUUGUACUGAGCCUCUAUAGUAGUUUGUUAUGCAAAGAGUGACAGUCAGAAAGCCUUCCUCUGUCAUACUGGGGUCUUUAAAUGUUACUGGAAACUGGUUUCACUCCACUGUCAACAGUUAUUUGUAAAAUGGGUGUAUACUCUAGUCACUGAUCAAAUACCUCAUGGAAUGGUAAUGUUGGCUUUAGCUAUACAAAACUUUAACCUAUGAUUCUGGUUUCUAUCCUAAGAAUUUUCUUAUGAAUGUAAUUUUCCAAAGACUGAUCGCACAGAACAAACACGUGCAGAACACAAUGAGUGUGUCUUUUUAUAUGUGUGAUUGCAAUUUCUACCUUUAUUAUACUCUUGUACUGUACAGUCUAAUCAUGAUUUGUAUAUUUACACUUUAUUUUUUAUCAAAGUUGAUUGCUAUGUGUUGAGUAGUCAGAAAAACACAUGUAUUUUAUCUCCAUUUUGAAACUUUUAAAGAAAAAUAAAUUCAACUACAGGUUUUCAGAACAUUCAAGUCACCUUCACUGUUUAAUCACUGGGUAGCACUUGAUUUGUGUCAGCAGUGAUUCUGAACAGACGUGUGUUGCACACAUAUUGCAGGAAAAACAUGUUACAUGGCUAUGAGUGAAAGUAACAGCCAUUUAUAAUGAACAGUCCUGCCCAAAAAAAAACCUCAAAUAAUGUCUUCAGACACGAUUUGAUGGAAGAAAUCUUGCCAGCUGUCAUCAGCAAGCCGUCCACAACGUAGUGAAAGGGAUGGCAACACCUUAAUAAUGGAAUAGAAGUAUAUUGUCAUCUGUGCAUUUCAGUAAAUUUUGUGAAGAAAUGUUUCAUUUUCCAUGUUGGGUUUGUCAAACAACAUCUAUGAAAGUACCGGACAGUUGUGUUAGUUUUAUAAUAUAAAGUAGGAAGUGAGUUCUACAUUUUAUUUUCCCCUAUUAUGUAUUUGGUUUUAUAUUAUUAUGCAUGUUGAUUGUCAUUAACUGUGUUGUAUGUAUACUGAACUUUCAUGAAGGCUGUUCUCUCUUGCCACUUGGCAAGGUCCUACUUUGUAAUCGAUUAAUAUCAAUCCCCAUGGGGUGAUGUUCUGUCAGAAUAAAAGCUGAAUCCAA